UGUCUGUCAAACGUGCUGACGUCACGCGGCUCGGCGCGCCCUCGCGAGUGUGUAGUAGAGAAGUUUUUGCUAAUGCUGUGAGUGUGGUGUGAAUGUUUCGGACGCUUUCGAGAGCCAGCGUCAAAAGAGAUCCUCGCGUUUACCUUUAGACGACUGUAAACAGGCGGCUACAAGCACAUUCUGGCGCAAAUGUGAUUGAAUGCGUCCCCUGCGGGUGCUUUGGGAAAGUGUUCCGGGUUUGAGCUGGCACCGUUUAACCCAAGUGCACUUUAGAAAGUUGGCCGUCGCAAGCCUGGGUUAUGCAGAUUCGAUCGGGUAGCAUUUAAAAAAAUAAAUAAAUUCUAACGCGAAGUCGAGUGCAGAUGCAAUCAUGACUGCUGCGAGGUAUGGAGGAGAGGAGCUGGACUUCAGGCUGACUUUUGGCGAGGACAGUCAAUCCACGGCCUCAGGCCACACAGAUGUCGGGGCAGAUAAUGACUCAUCCUGCUACCUUUUCACUGCAAUCCAACAGCCUGUUUUCCAGCAACAUCCAGAGCUGCAAAGUGUUACCCAAUCGUCAUACUCCCAAGGCCCUCUUACCAGCAGCUAUGGUGCUUCUAGCUCUGGAUCCAAUCCAGUGGAUUCUCCAAGCCGCGUUUUUGAGUGCCCCAGCAUCCAGAUCACAUCCAUCCCAACAACCGGCCAACAAGAUCUGGGUGCCCAGCAACACGGGGUCCAUUUGGAGCAAGAAGGAGCCUCUGGUCCUCUAACAUCCAGGGACCAGCUUUAUUUACCUCUGGAUGUGUCCUAUAGAGACACCUCGUCAUUGUGUCCGAGUCCCUGCAGUAGCUUGUCAUCCCGCAGCUGGCUCUCAGAUGCCUCCUCUUGCGAGUCUUUCUCCCAUGUUUAUGAUGAUGUGGAGUCUGAGCUGACUGAAGCAGCAGCAAGUUUCAGGUUUACAUCACCCCUGGUGUCACCACAGGGCUCUCCUCUGCCCUCGCCUCUGGCCUCACCCCAGGCAUCUCCACAGAUGUCUCCUAUGGUAUCACCAUUUGGCUCUCCAGGCUGUUCGUACACUGAGGACCCUUGGUCUCGUUAUCAUCAACACCAACGCCCUUACUCUCAUUCACUGUCUCCCCAUCAUUCGCCUUAUCAGUCACCUCGCACUAGUGUUAACGAGGACACCUGGCUCAGUGCCCGGCCACACUCCUCCUCCUCCUCGAGACCCUCUUCUCGUCCCACUUCACCAUAUGGGAAGCGACCGUAUUCCAGCGCCGAUGGCGCACCAAGCUUGUCGUCACCUCAUCUCUCUCCCACUCCGAGCCCAUCUCAUUCACCGCGAGGCAGUGUGACUGAUGAGACCUGGUUGGGAAGUCCUGCCUUGAUGGCUGGCUCCUCCCAGGCCUGUGCAUCUAACGUGGACAUCCCCUCAAAAACCAGACGGACUUUUCAGGGCACCAGUCAAGAUUGUAUGGCCUUGCUGCCCAGACAUGGAGAUUCAGGAUUUGAGGAGAAUAGCCUUGUGUUCCCCUUGCUGGAUUCGAAUAUAGAAGUGUCACUGCCAACCCUGAAGAAAGAAGACAUAGUGGAACACUACUUGUCAGUCCCUACACCCUUUACUUGGGGAAAACCUAAGCAAACACACACUCCUUUGUUCAGGUCCACAUCUCUACCCUCACUAGACUGUUCACUGCCCAGCCAGUAUGGGCAGUAUGAGCUAAAGUUGGAGGUCCAACCCAAACCCCACCACAGAGCCCACUAUGAGACGGAAGGCAGUCGAGGAGCCAUUAAAUCGGCAUGUGGAAGACACCCUAUUGUGAAGCUCCUUGGUUACAAUGAGAAACCAGUCAGCCUGCAGAUGUUCAUUGGGACAGCAGACGAUCGUCAUGUGAGACCACAUGCAUUUUAUCAGGUGCACAGGAUAACGGGGAAAACUGUGGCCACUCCGAGCCAGGAGAUGGUGAUCAGCAGCACCAAAAUCCUAGAGAUUCCUCUUCUUCCUGAAAACAACAUGUCUGCCAGUAUUGACUGUGCUGGGAUUCUGAAGCUCAGAAAUUCUGAUAUUGAGUUGCGGAAGGGAGAAACCGACAUCGGGCGUAAGAACACUCGUGUGCGAGCUGCGUUCCGUGUGCACAUUCCCCAGGCCAAUGGAAAAGUGCUCUCACUGCAAGUGGCCUCCAUCCCUAUAGAGUGCUCCCAGCGCUCAGCCCAGGAGCUUCCUCAGAUAGAGAAGUUCAGUCCUACCUGUGACUCUGUGAUGGGAGGCCAGGAGCUGAUGAUCAUCGGUGCAAACAUAACCCCAGAGUCAAAGGUCAUCUUCCUGGAAAAAGGCCAUGAUGGUAGAACUCAGUGGGAAGUGGAUGCAAAAAUGGUUCAUGAAAAGAGUAGAGAUACUAGCAUUGUGGUGAAGAUCCCGCCGUACCAUAAGAAGAUCUUGGGGUCAUCCGUGCAGGUACAGUUCUACAUCAGCAAUGGGAAAAGGAAGAGAAGCCUUAUACAACGCUUUACUUAUGUCCCAGCAGUGCAGGUAAAGCAGGAAUAUGACAAUGUUGAAGGUACUACAACCUCUGACCAAGCAGAGCAGUUCAACCCUCUGGAGCAGUGGCUGUACUCUGCAGGUCCGGUCUGUGUUCCAUCCUCCACUCAGCGUAGCUACUCUCCUUUGGGUUCCCCCCAGCUCAGUCAACAUCAUCCUCCAGAUACCAGUCUCAGUGACGUGUCUGGGCUUCACCCAGUAUCACUGAAUUUCACCAAGCCCUCAUCAUAUCAGGGACCUCAACAAAACCUAUCUUACAAUGGACAGCUCAGUCUUCCCUGUGAUACUGCUUCAAUGCAAGGAGGCAGAUCAUCAGCUGUUGUGUCUGAGAAUGUGAGAUCUGUAUUAGGAAUUGGGAAUCAAAACACUCCUGGAGGUGUUCAUGGCUUGAAUCAAGUCUCUGGUCAGAGGCAUAAUGAGGGCUACCUCAGCCCUACCUCAGGUACAACCCAGUGUGAUCCAAAUAGCCUCAAUAACUAUCGAUCUGCUCAUGAUUCUGGAGAGCUGGUGCUGUUUCCAAAGUCGUCAUCCUCUCUGGAGGCUCUUGACUCCACUACAGUGCCUUCUACCUCACACUUGAACAGAGAGGCUCUUGUAAACCCAAAGCCUAAUGCAGCACUUUCCCCAGCUGAUACAAGUGGAACCAUAAGCUCUUUGGGAGCUGGAGCUUCAUCAAACCACUCCAUAGAUGGGCAGAGGCCUAACGUUAAACAGGAACCGGAGAAGGAGAAGGAGCUCACCUUCCAGUCCAUCGGGCUGCAGGAUAUCACACUUGAUGAUGGUAUGAAUCUGGUAUUCUCGUAAAGUGAGCGAGAUCAUAGUGAGAGACUUGUUCCAGAGUCCAGAUUUGGCACUGGAUGAAUGCUCAUAGCUUAAAGUAGCCACACUGAGAAAUCAAUUACUUAACUAGGAAUGCAGUACUGUAGAUGUGGGACUUACAGUAUGUACUCUGACUGCCACUAAAGAGAAUGAAUAAACAAAUGUGUUGAUGAACAUUGCUGUAUACUAUGAUGAUUUAAAGCUAUGCUAGGUGAUAUCCUAUCUUGGCAAUGUGAAUCUUCUGUCUGAGACGACUUCUUUUUUUACAUUAAGAACUCUUUUGCUGGCAUUAAUGUGUCUUUUGCUGAGGUGCCUUAAGUAUAAAAUAUUCAAGUCUUUACUGCGUUCAGACUGCACCCUGAAACGACCCAUAUCCGAUUUUUUUGCCCAUAUGCGACCUGUAUCCGAUUUGUUAUUGACAAUCUGAACGACACAGAUCCGAUUUUUUUCACAUGCGACCCAGGCCGCUUGGAUAUGUGGUCCUAAUUCCGAUGCAUAUCCGUUAUUUUCACAUGCGACUGCAGUCUGACCGGACAGGUCGCAUUCAUGCGACCUACACGUCAUCAACAAGAGACAAACAUCACUAUUCUGCGUUGGCUAAUCCCGCCUCUUUGGUGGAAAACAACAACGGCUUUUUUUUUGUUUACGUAUUACGUAGAUGUGCUUAUUACGUGUCAAUUUGCGCAUGCGGGACACUUUUGGGUCGUUUUCUGUUCAUAUUGGAGAUCACAUACAAGUCUCAAAUAAUUGGUAAUGUGAACGGCCUAACAAAAAAAAUCGGAUUUCACAACGAAUCGGAUAUGGGUCAUUUCAGGUUGCAGUCUGAACGUAGUGUUUGGUAAAAUGUUGACUGUGAAGCAUAUUUAAGACUCAAAACUAUGCAAUAUGGUUUUAUAAACAAAAUAUUUUAGAAUAGAUGCAUAGGAUCAUUUGGACUGUUACAGUGUCAGCAGGCUGUUAGUUUAUCAUAUUUCUGAAUUUUUUUUUUAUCUGUAAUUUGGCAUGGCUUAAUUGUGACUUAGUUCCAGAAAUUACAUUAAUUUGUAAUCCUUUCAGGUAGAGAAAUCAUCAAUUGAAAGACACUUACGUGCCUGUGUGUUAAGUAAUUGUUUCCCCAAACCCAGAUUUAUAUUUAUGAAUUUGUAUUGAACAUUAAGGUACAUGACAUAUGAUGUAUUGAUAUUCAUAUUAGCUUUGUGGAAAGAUUUGAAAUAAAGCAAUUUGUCCUGAUA